GCACCUGGUGGCAAUAUCCGAAAAGAGCAGGUGGCAACGCCAAAGCCAGAUUGUUUAUAUCGCUUGCGAGCCAUAUUUCUAAUUUUUUAAUCAUAUUUACGGCAUUUGCUAUGCAGAUCACAAUCAAAGUGCUCAAGGGCCAGGACUGCACGAUCGAGGUCUCGCCGACAUCGACGAUUCUGGAGGUGAAACACCAGAUCGAGGCGGAACUGCAGAUAUCGGCGGCGAAUCAAAAGCUAUUGCUACUGGGACGCCCGCUAAACAACGAACAGACAAUUGCAUCCUAUCCCAACAUCAAAGAGGGCACCAAACUCAAUCUGGUGGUGAUAAAACCCUGUCUGAAGGACAGCAUUCUGCGGGGAUUCCGCAAGCACUAUCCGGAACUCCAGGCAGAGCGUCUAACCAAUGAGUUUAUGGCCGAUUUCGAGAGGAAAAUCAACGAGCAGAGCCUGGACGAUUUGGAGAGAUUGGCCGACAGUAUAGUCAGCAGAGCGAGCACAUAGCGCCACUGAAGACCUAACACCCACCACCCCCCAAAUAUGACGGAAGUCCAUCCCCACACCAUAAUGUUUUUAUUUCCCCCCCUAACAAAAAAAAUGAGGUAGUAAAAAUUAAGACUUGACUGAAAA